AUGGUAAACCUCUCCCGCGUCGCCCAGGAAUCCGACACCCACCGCGACCGGCGCUCCGCCCGCGACAGCUCCGUCAGCACAACCGAAUAUGCCGGCGUCUACGGGACCAAGUACGCAGCAGAGGAACUGCCUCUGUACGUGAUGAACCAGAGCGGCAUGCCGGCAGAUGUCGCGUACCGGCUGAUCAGCGACGAGCUGAGUCUUGAUGGGAAUCCGUUGUUGAAUAUGGCGAGUUUCGUCACGACUUAUAUGGAACAACAAGCGCAAGACCUCAUGGCCAAUGCUAUCAGCAAAAACUUCAUCGACUUCGAACAAUAUCCGCAAUCCGCACGGAUGCAAACACGGUGCAUCAACAUGAUCGCGGAGCUCUUCAACGCCCCUAAGACCGCAUCGGACUCGGCAGACAGCAAGAAUGAAAGCGAAGCCGAAGCCGAAGGAGCAAUGGGCACAUCGACCGUCGGCUCCUCAGAAGCCAUCAUGCUGGGCCUGCUCGCAAUGAAGAAGAAAUGGCAGCAGAAGCGCCGCGACGCCGGGAAGGACACAUGGCGGCCGAACAUCGUCAUGAACAGCGCUGUGCAGGUGUGCUGGGAGAAGGCAGCGCGAUAUUUCGACGUCGAGGAGCGAUACGUGUACUGCACGCCGGAGCGUUUUGUGAUUGAUCCUGCGCAGGCGGUUGGCCUGGUGGACGAGAACACGAUUGGGAUCUGUGCGAUCCUGGGCACGACUUAUACAGGGCACUACGAGGACGUCAAGGGGAUCAAUGACCUGCUUGUCAAGAAGGCCAUUGACUGCCCGAUCCAUGUCGACGCCGCGAGUGGUGGGUUUGUGGCGCCGUUUAUUUGCCCUGAGCGGCUGUGGGAUUUCCGGCUUGAGAAGGUCGUUUCGAUUAAUGUCUCUGGACAUAAAUACGGACUCGUCUAUCCCGGCAUCGGCUGGGUCUUCUGGCGCUCUCCAGACCAUCUCCCCAAAGAGCUCAUCUUCAACGUCAACUAUCUCGGCGCUGAGCAGGCCACAUUCACCCUAAACUUCUCCAAAGGCGCAUCCCACAUAAUAGGCCAGUACUACCAACUGAUCCGGCUAGGCAGAAACGGCUACAAGGCCGUAAUGUCGAACCUCGUGCAGAUAUCCCAGAAGCUCGCCCGCGGGCUCUCAGACCAGGGCCUGAUAAUCCUCAGCGACAACUCCGGAAACGGAGGCAACGGCGUCCCACUAGUUGCAUUCCGGCUCCCGGACGACGAGUCUAGACUCUUCGACGAGUUUGCGCUCUCUGCUGUCCUGAGACGGCGCGGGUGGGUUGUCCCGGCUUACACGAUGGCGCCGAAGAGCAACAGCCUGAAGCUCAUGCGCGUCGUCAUCAGAGAGGACUUCACGGCGCACCGGUGCGGGAUUUUAAUCGAGGACGUGCAAAUGGCCAUGAAGUCGCUGGAGGAGAUGGACGAGGAGACCAUUGCGCGGUAUACCAAGUAUGUCGCCGAGCAUGGAACGAGUCUUCCGAAUGCGCACUCGUUCUACGGUGACGAGAAGCACUCGCUCCAGGGGCAGACGGGGAAGACCCAUGCCGUUUGUUGA